AUGGCCACCCAAACACGCCCCAUCCCUCCGCUCUACACAGUCUACAUCCUGCGCUCAACAGUUCGGCACUCGUCGCUCUAUAUCGGCUCCACGCCCAACCCUCCGCGUCGGCUCAAGCAGCACAAUGGCGAGGCCAAGGGCGGCGCGGCGCGCACGUCGCGGGCGUCCCUUCGACCAUGGGAGAUGGUCGGGCUGGUCUCCGGGUUUCCAGGGCUCGUGGCGGCGCUCAAGUUUGAAUGGGCGCUAAACAACCCGCACCUCUCGCUACACAUCCCCUCGAGCUCGCGCAUCACCAUCGCCACGCAGCGGAAGCGCAGUGGCCACCUCAAGCGUCCCCGGCACAGCCUCACCUCGAUCCUGUCAAAUGCCCACCUGCUCCUGCGCGUGCCCAGCUUUGCCCGCUGGCCGCUCACGGUGCACUUCUUCGCGAAGGAUGUGCACGCCGCGUGGGGCAGGUGGUGCAAGACGGCCAACGAGCCGCUGCGCGCAACCGUGUCGGUCUUGACCGACUUUGAGCCUGCGGCUGGGGUAGAAGCGGUCUCCGCAGCGACAUUGAAGGACGCGACUGCGACUACGACUGCGACCACGAUUACGAGUUCCGAUGACGAAGACAGCACGACAAGAACAACGACAACGGCGGAUGCAGCAGAUACACCAGCAUGGGGAAUUCACGCUCUCCCGCUAGACUACAACUCCAUGAAAGAUUACGUGGCCAAGACAAAUUCGCUCUUCACCUUUGAGAACGAAGGGCCCUGUGUGCUCUGCAAGGAGACUCUGCCGCCAGGAGAAGGGCUGUAUGCUGUGUGUCCAAACCAGAGUUGCCACGCGGCGGGCCACGUGUCGUGCUGGAGCGGGCAUAUGCUCAAGGAGCGCGGCGAGGAUGUCGAGCAUAUACUUCCCGUGGUUGGACACUGUCCGCAAUGCGGUGGUGAAGCGCGCUGGGUGGACAUGAUGAAAGAGCUGACCCUGCGGGUGAGGGGGCCCAAAGAUGUUGAGAAGUUGCUCAAGAAGCCGCGCGUGGCUAGGAAGAGGAAGGAAGUGCCAGCUUCGCCGUGA